AUCAAGAUCGGUUAGACAUGAAGUUUUUACUUCUGCUAUCGUUGGUGGAUGCAUUAUGUGGCAUUUCGGCAGCCAGUAGCCUUCAGUUUGGUUCUCGAGUCACAGGUGACAAGUUGCUUUAUUCCUGGUGGCUAGAGGCUGGGCCAUACCAGGAAGCACGGGAAAUUAUGCUAAGCUUCGACUACCGGACAGAUGAUAUUUUAUUCGGCAGUGAACAUUUGACCAUGUUCGAGUUGACCAGAUCCGACGACCUGAUUCCGAAUUAUUUCGGUUCCAUAGUGCUGAAUAACACGCAUGUGUACGUUACUCCCGUUCGCCGAGCCGUUACCCAGUGGGGUAUGCGGGGCAAUCUCUACGGUUUGGAUGAGCAGCCUUUUCCUGGAUAGUAAAAUUAAAUUUUUUGGAGAUUUAUAGAAAUUGUGAUUUUGUGUAUAGUUUGACCUUAUCAUCGUCAGCGUGGAAUAAAUUCAAUUUCAACGAUGCGAAUCAAUCGUAUUGUGUAAUCUGGUGUAGUGUUGUUGUGUAAACAAAGAUUCUGUAUCCGGCUAUUGAGUUAGAUGAUUUGGUUUUAACACAAAUUUAAUACCGAAUGAUAGGAGGAAGCGUUAUAAGGCAGUAGUGCUCUAUUGAACAAUUGUGCGAAAUUGUAUUACACAAGUAUAAAUGUUUUAUCUUUGUCAACGGUUGUGUGAGCAAAGCUCUGUCAUGAGUUGAUUGUGAUUAGAGAUUUCAAUUACAGAGCUUACUGGACAGAUCUUUGGCGAGGACUUCUUAUACCCUGAUCCGGUUUAUUGAAUUUUCCAAACGUAUAGCCAAAUACCUAAUUGCAAAGUACAAAUCACCAUAAAGUGAAUUGAGAUAGGCUUAUUUCGGACUUUUAGUCAGCCACGAAUUUGUUUUUGUGAAUAAAAUUUCUGUUGCGCCGCAUAGUUCACCGUUGUGUUUGUUUUCCAACGAAAGGUAAUCGAAAUGUGAAUAUUUAAUAAGCCAAAACAGCCGCACACGUCCGUGGUGUUCGUUGGGAAUCCAAAAAUUGCUAAGGAUAUACCGAGAUCUCGUUCCGCAUUUCGCAUCAAAGAGGGAAGCUUGUAUUCCAUGUACGCUAGCUGUUACUAAUUCAUCUGUUGUGGCUUAAAGUGGAUUGCUACAAUAGUUACUGUAGCAGAAGCAAAGG